UCUGGGUUGGUGUUGUGUAUGUGUUUAGGUUUUGUUUGUCCGUUUUAUUUCCAGUACGCACUUUAUGUUUGCCAAACGAGGGAAUCAGUGCAUUUUCCUUUCUAACCGCAAUUUAGUCUAGUUCUCGAAAUAUACCGAAGCACACGAUGGAGCUUCCUGCACUGUCCAUCGAAGCCAAACGAUUGUUGGUGUUAAAAACGCUCUUACGCGACCCGGCUGCGGCAGAUGUACGGCUGUCGCUGUUCGUUUCAGCUGCCAGGUCCUUCCGGUACGAUUCCUGCCUGCAACCAUUUCCGCCAGAUUUCAUCAUAAACAACGAGAAAAGCAUUGAUCUGUUGUGUCAAGUACUGGAUAAUAUACCGCCGGUAGCGGAUAUUCCAGCUAAACUGAACGCUCUGGACGAACAGACGGUUGGAUUGUUGCACUGGAUCCUCUGUCGGCAGGCCCGUCCAGCGCUUCGAACCGUACCGAAGACCGAACACGAUGAAGUGCUCGGAAAAUGUCCCUGCUACGCCAAAUACGCUAUGCCCAGUCACAUUUUUGAAGUCUCGUACCGGGAAAAUCAUUCGAGCGAACGGGCAUUCCUGGAGCAUGCGACGGAGUUCAGAACUCGGCAUGCAUUCCACGGCAGUAGACUCUUUAACUUCCACUCUAUACUGCAUUAUGGUCUGCAGCAGCACCUCAAUAAAGUGUCCCUGUUCGGUGAGGGUAUUUACCUGUCGGCGGAACUGCAAGUGAGCCAAAUGUUCUCCCCAAACGGGUCCGGCUGGAACAAAUCCACUCUCGGUACACAUUUGGCUUGCAUUGCGCUCUGCGAAUAUGUGGACAAUCCGAAUUAUGUAAAAAGUCAAGAAGAAGCACCACCAUCGGCUGAAGAUGGCAGGUCCCCGGCAGCGGCAACCUCGGACGGUCCUUCAAUCAUGACCGCUUCUCUGACCGGCAACGGAAGUAUCCCGGAGCGAUAUAUUCUAGUGAAAAACAACGAACUGGUGCAGGUGCGCUACUUGCUGCUCUACGGAACCACCAAAGAUGUCAACACCACAGCCACACUGGGCGGACCACAAUCGGCGGUCGAUGCGAUGUAUCCCCUGCCGGCCACACAGCCUUCGUACCAGAUGCGCCAUCCACCGAGUCGGUUCAUCCAGUGGAUUGCCAACAACAAAGGCUUCGUGCUGAUCGGUGGGUACGUCGGGCUGCUGUUGAUUGUCGGUUUUAUCAACAGUCGAAAUGCGCACUUCGUAAAGGAAAUGUUUCUACAGAAGUUGAGUCUUGUUUAUAAUGCGGUGCUUGGCUACCGUGGUAAGGAGUAGCAAAAAGAAACUCCCAUGGGACUGAUGACUGUUUAAUGCUGCCCAGUGUUUGCCUUCAACAAGAAGAACCUCCUAGACCGGAUCCUCCCACCGCAACGUUUUUAUCUGUUUGUGUGUGGGCGCGUGUUUGUGUGUUUGAGAAUGAAUGCAUCCGGUUGAUAGUGCGUUCCCUUCUUGUUUCCUAUCUGUGUUAGUUUCUUUAGUUUCGUAUCUAUGGAUUUUGUAUUCAAGUGGGAAGGAUAUAAGGGGGUAUAUUACAGGUGAUACAAUUAAUAGAUUGCCAACCGCGUAUGGCCAAAAUUGGAUGGUCCGUGGUUGAAGGGAAGCUCAUUUUUUAAAUGAUAAUAAAUACUAAACACCGCAACACACCGUGUUGGAUAGUUGUAAAGUGAAAGUUUGAUCGAAUGUUUAUUAGUUCACACGUUUCUUUGAAAACUGUGCGAUAACGACUGUUCAGUUGCUGAAAAUCUGA